ACAAGGCAUCACGUGGCACAAGCUACGAUCAGCUCUGACGCCGGAACUGAUGGGAGCCAAUACAGUACUGGGAUUUCUUCCUGCAUUAAAUGACGUCACUGAUGACUUCGUGGACUUAAUACGUUCGCAACGAAGUGGCUCGAAGGUUGUUGGAUUCGAGGAGCUUGCAUAUCGUAUGGGCCUUGAAAGCACGUGCACCCUCAUUCUGGGACGUCGCUUGGACUUUCUUAAACCUGAUUCAGGCUCGUUAACAGCCACGUUGGCCGAGGCUGUAAGAGUUAAUUUCACAGCGUCCAGGGACGCCUUCUACGGGCUGCCAUUUUGGAAAUUGUUACCCACCAAAGCUUACAAGCAGCUUGUUGAGAGUGAAGAUGUUAUUUACGACACGAUAUCCGAAUUGAUGGAGACGACUAUCUGGGAGAAACAGGAUGACGCUAAGGAUGAAAUCGUCGAGGCUGUUUUUCAAUCUAUUCUCAGGGAAAAGAAUCUUGAUAUAAAAGAUAAAAAAGCUGCGAUUAUUGAUUUUAUAGCUGCUGGUAUACAUACGCUUGGUAACACACUCGUCUUUCUUUUUUAUCUUAUUGGUCGCGACGCCAAAGUGCAGAGACGUCUAUACGAGGAGGCUGCAUCUCUUGCACCGCCAGGGUGCAAUCUUGUCGCAGAGGAUCUUCGUGGUGCCAUGUAUCUACGUGCUUGCAUUACUGAGGCAUUCAGAAUGAUCCCCACGACACCAUGUAUUGCUAGAAUUUUGGACGAACCCAUUGAACUUUCGGGUUAUAAUCUAAAUGCUGGGACCGUGGUUCUGCUUCAAACGUGGAUAGCAGGACUGGAUGAAGAAAAUUUCAAAAAUGCAUCUCAGUGGAUGCCGGAAAGGUGGUUGGAACCCACUUCACCCCAUUCACCACUUUUAGUAUCACCCUUUGGUGCUGGCCGACGUAUUUGUCCAGGAAAACGUUUCACGGAACAGGCGUUGCAACUUAUAUUGGCUAAGGUCGUUCGAGAAUUCGAAAUCAUCGCCGACGAAGAACUCGGUCUACAAUUUGAAUUUAUUUUGGCGCCAAAGGGUCCUGUAUCCUUGUCGUUUCGUGAUCGUCUCGAAUGUACGUAAAGAAUACGUGGGAUUCUAUAUAAAAUUACUGUUCGUUUUUCAAUUCGAUCGCAUAUCGGUCGCUGACUUGAGGUUAUACCUAACUAACCUAACUAUAGCACUGUAAUAAAAGAAAGUAAAAAAUAGAAAGGGAACCUCAUACGAAAACACUUGUCGUUCUAUAUGUUUGUGAAAAACGAACGAUCUUCAAAUUGAACGUUCUGCGAUCCUUUGUACUGUCUGUAAUAUUUCGAAUUUGUUAAACGAAACUUGCGUUCGUUUAUUCGAGCUAUUUAUUGCAAUUAUUGAUAACUGUAUUAUUUAUAUUCAAUUGUUUAUAACGGAUCUUGCGAAUACCGAUACUCUUCAGAUUUCAAUGAUAAAUUUGUCCAGUAUUACAAGAGAAGAAGAAAAAUGUACGCUAUGCUCAGAGAUAAACUCUGAAACUUUGUUCUACGGUCGUAGAUUAUUUUUUCUUUUCUCUUUUCUGAUACAUUCUAACGAUCAAGAUUACAGUUCAAACCCGUGAAUGAUGAUUGAGCAAAGUGUGAUUUUCGUUUUUCAUUAUGAAGAUUGUUAAAGCUAUCCCGAUAAUUCUAGCAGAGUGAUUUACUAGUGAGACUGUAAAAAUUUUGCAAUUAUUCAUACGCCAUGCGGGCAAAAAUGCGAGUGGCAUGUUUGUGUAAAUAAUUAAGAAAAUGAAAACUAUUGUACAAUAUUCAAUGAAUUCAAUUAUAACAUACUGGCAGGCGCUCUAGUAAUUAUAUGGAGUCUGUGU